AAAUGUUGCUAACCACAAGUUACGAGUAGACAUGGGGACUUGACAUUUCAAUCUUGUGGCAUAGAAGUGGAGGAACUUCAAUUACUGGUUCAAUGGAAGUGCUUCUGGGAAGCAGAAGCUCCUCUUCACCACCACCGCGUCGCUUUCAAUUGCUCAUCAACAACUAUGUGCCCGGACGAAGUUCUAUUGCAGUUUCCCGGGUGAUGUUGUGGGGUUCUGUGCAUAUUAGUGGCAAUGAAACUAGAUUGUGUACUCAAACUAGUAAUACUAGGUUGUUCUUAAUGAAAAAUGGUUGCAUUCGUGAAGUGAGGAGGAACUCAAACAAUCUCAGGAAAGUUGCAAAGUAUUCUGAAAUAUUUAGUCCUCUUCCUGAUCUGUUUUUUCGGGUUGCUGUUGGGGCUAUGGCAGCAAUGGCAGUCAGUACAGCUGCUUAUAGUAUCCCUACUUUGGCUCUCACUGAAGAAAAUCAGCUCUUCUUAGAGGCAUGGAAAACAAUUGACCGUGCAUAUGUUGACAAAAGCUUCAAUGGGCAGAGUUGGUUUAGAUAUCGAGAAAAUGCUCUUCGCAAUGAACCAAUGAACAAUCGAGAAGAGACAUAUGCAGCAAUACGGAACAUGAUUGCCACUUUGGAUGACCCUUUCACUCGUUUUCUAGAGCCUGAAAAGUUCAAGAGUUUGAGGUCGGGCACUCAGAGUGAACUGACAGGAGUGGGAAUUUCAAUUGGUUAUCUGACCACAAGUAGUGACUCAGCUCCUGGGCUAAUGGUGAUCUCGGCUUCUCCAGGAGGCCCUGCAAAUAGGGCGGACAUUUCAGCUGGGGAUGUUAUCCUUGCAAUUGAUAAUAUUAGUACAGAAAGCAUGGAUAUAUAUGAUGCGGCAGAGCAUUUACAGGGACCUGAAGGAACUGAGGUCAAACUAACUGUACAACGAGGAUCUCAAAUGAGAAACCUGUCUUUAAUCCGAGAGAAAGUUAUACUGAAUCCUGUGAAAUCAAGAGUCUGCAAGGUAUCCGGUUCUGGUGAGGAUUCUUUGCAGGUUGGAUAUAUCAAACUAACCACAUUCAACCAAAAUGCCUCAGGCACUGUGCGAGAUGCAGUUGAAACACUGAGGAGAAACAACGUGAAGGCCUUUGUCUUAGACCUUCGAGAUAAUAAUGGUGGUCUAUUCCCUGAAGGAGUUGAGGUCGCCAAGAUUUGGCUGGACAAGGGUGUGAUUGUGUAUAUUUGCGAUAGCCGGGGAGUUCGAGAUAUUUAUGACACAGAUGGAACUGAUGCAAUAGCAGCUUCAGAACCCCUUGUUGUGCUGGUAAACAAAGGAACUGCAAGUGCAAGUGAGAUUUUGGCUGGGGCCUUGAAGGAUAACAAACGUGCUGUGCUGCUUGGGGAACCAACUUACGGAAAGGGCAAGAUUCAGUCAGUUUUUAAACUGUCUGAUGGAUCUGGUUUGGUUGUCACGGUUGCUCGCUAUGAGACGCCUGCUCAUACAGACAUUGACAAGGUUGGCGUGCUUCCGGACCAUUCUUUACCUGCAUCAUUCCCUAAGGAUGACGAGAGCUUAUGUGGCUGCCUCCAGAAUCCUGCCUCUUCUUGUCACCUGGGUACAGCUGAAUUAUUUUUAAGGUCACAAUAAUCUAAAAGAAAGAAACUGAAAUACAUUGUAAAAGUUUAUUUCUUUUGAAAUAAACCAUCAAUUCUUUUGACAAAAUUUCCCAUUUGCGAAAGGUAUCACUAGUGUGUAAUAUUUCAAACUUUCACACCAUGUUUAUGGGUAACUGAUUCGUACUGAUGAAAAGGGAAAAUGCCAGUGUCAAUGUUGAAAAUAGUUGAAUACCUAUAUUCUAUUAUUCUGAUAAGUGACUAUUUUAUUAGAU